AAAAAUGAUUUAGCGAAUGCAGUAGAGGGAGGAGGGGAGACAGAUGGAAGAGAAGUGUAGUUCGUGGUAAAAGCUACAACGUGGAUAUGAGUGUGAGGCAGCGGCUCUGGGAUACAGAGGAAUAGAGGAGAGAGCACGAGAUGCUGACAGAUUCCUGAUAGAUGUGCAAAAUGGCGCAAGCAAGUUCUACCCCCGCGAGCCACCAAUUGUUGUAGUUCAUGAACAUGAAGAGCUAGUUCUAUGUCUGUUUUCUUUAGGAUCGCCUCACGUUGUUUUUUGUAUCGUAAUAUAUUUCAAAGUGAUUCAAUGGCUACCAGAAGGCUCUGCCUUGUUCCAUGCAUUUUUGGAUUACUCCUCAACGCUUUAGUCGGUGUGACAUCGGGAGCAGAGCUCGCCUUCACCCUGGAGCCCAGUGACAUCAUCGCGGUGCAGGAGCAGCCCCUCAUGCUGCACUGUCAGGUGGAAGGCAUCCCACCAAUCACCACGCAGUGGAGGCGGAACGGAAUCCUCCUGGUGGUUGACCAAUACUACACCAUGUUCCACAAUGGCACUCUGCUGAUUGGACGCUUCCAGAGGACCAAGUCUGACGGCUCAACCGAUGAGGGGGAUUAUGAGUGCGUGGGCCAGAACUCCUUUGGUCUGGUGGUGAGCCGCAGGGCCAGGGUGCAGGCUGCCACGAUGGCGGAGUUCCAUGUCCAGCCGCGGUCAGUGCGUGCGGAGGAGGCGGGCAUGGGGCGGUUCCAGUGCCAGAUUCACGGCCUGCCUGAGCCUGCCAUCAGCUGGGAGAAAGAUGGCCGCUCUGUGGACACUAAGGAUGAGAGGUAUACCCUGCUCCCCACAGGUGUCCUGCAGAUCACAGGUCUGCGUCAGGAGGAUGGGGGUGUGUUCUGCUGUGUGGCCCACAACAGUGCAGGAGUAAAGCACAGUGCCGGUGCUCUCCUCACCGUCUCAGUCUCCCAGUCUUCUGUUUACAAAGAGCCCAUGAUCCUCGUGGGUCCUGAAAACCUCACUCUCACCGUUCACCAGACGGCCAUCUUGGAAUGUGUUGCCACAGGAUAUCCCCGCCCCAUCGUGUCAUGGAGCAGGCUUGAUGGCCGUCCGAUUGGUGUGGAGGGCAUCCAGGUGCUGGGUACAGGGAACCUGAUGAUCACAGAUGUUGGGGUGCAGCACUCUGGCAUCUACGUCUGCGCUGCCAACAAACCAGGGACCCGUGUACGCAGGACCGCUCAGGGACGUCUGGUGGUCCAAGCCCCAGCAGAGUUUGUGCAGCCUCCCCAGUCCAUCUCCCGGCCGGUGGGCACCACUGCUAUCUUCACCUGCCAGGCGCAGGGCGACCCUGUGCCCCAGCUCACCUGGCUGAAGAACGGGCAGAUCCUGGAGCCUGGAGGGCACGUCAAACUCAGGAACAACAACACCACGCUGACCAUCUAUGGCAUCAGUCAGGAGGACGAAGCCAUCUACCAGUGCAUCGCCGAGAACAGUGCCGGCUCCACCCAGGCCAGUGCCCGUCUCACCGUGCUGUGGGCAGACGGCCUGCCAGGGAUGCCCAGUCUGGUGCGGGCCGAGGCCCUCUCACCCAACGCCAUCCAGGUGUCCUGGAAGGAGCCUGCCCAGAACACUCAGGAGAUCAUCGGCUAUGUGCUCCACAUCCGCAGGACCACAGACCCUGUGGAGAUGGAGUACCAGGAAGCCGUCAGUAAGGUGACUCUACAGCAGGUAGUGGGGGAUCUGGAGCCGUCCACCAGCUAUACCUUCUAUGUGAAGGCUUACACGUCCCGCGGAGCCAGCAAGCCCUCCGAGAGCGCCACCGAGAGCACGCUGGGCGAAGUGCCAGCACCCCCGUCACUGUUCAUUAAAUUGGUGAGCAGCAGUGUGGUGCAGGCGGUGUGGGAGUCAUCCUCUAAGAUGGGCCAACAUGAGGGCUUCAGGCUGUACUACAGGAGGGUCCACACCCCCCUCUUCACCGGACCACUCACCUUCACCCGCAACGUCACCCAGUACAACAUCACUCAGCUGGAUCCAAACCUGGUGUAUGAGAUUAAGGUUCUGGCCUUCAACAAACACGGAGACGGCAACGCCACCAUGCGCUUCGUCUCACUGAAGGAGGUUGCGGAGAAAUCAGUGCUGAAUACCCCCUGUGACUGUGUGAAGGAUGAACAGAGCAAGACCUCUACAACCGGAAUCAUCAUCGGCAUCCAUAUUGGAGUCACCUGCAUCGUCUUCUGCAUGCUCUUCCUCAUGUUCAGCUACAGGGGGAGGUUGAUGACGUGUAAGACAGUGCAGGCCACCCCCCAGGCCGGGCGUAACAAUGCCCUGGAGUCGUCCUCUUCCUCCCAGGGGGCCCUGGCCUUAAACGGGGUGAGCAGAUCAGGCAUGGAAGGGAAUGGCAGCGUUGCUGGGAAGAGCAGGGGAGACAGCAACGAGCUGGAGAGACUCUUCUCAGGCCCGUCCCACUGUGGAGACCUAGCUGACAGUUCACGCAUGUUGGAUAGAUCCCUGGUGUCCUGUGCACUGAACGAGACCCAGUUGUCCACUCUGCCGCUGGAUGACUUCAGCCUUGUGGUGGAGGGGGACAGAGAGACGCAGUUCCAGAGGCCUCCAGCAGAGGGCCGGGGGGCCAGUGACUGGGCUGUGGCCGGGGUCACCCAGCAGGACCAGACCUGAUAGAAGCAUGAAGGUCACAGUGUCACCUCAGACUCGUAUCACACUCAGGUCGACCGAAGUAUUUCUUUUCAUAUUAGUUUUUCUUUGUGCAAAGAAUUGUAUUAUUGGUAAGUUUAAAUAAGUCGCCUCUGGAAAAGUUAUAGGGUCUUGGACUCGUUCUUGAAGGUGUCCCCGGCCGAGGUUUUUGGUGCUCUUUUGUGAUGGACAGCUAGGUUUAAGCUUUGGCAGGUGAAUUAAGUGUUUUUGUUUUUUUUUGGUACAUCCUUCAUUUUCUGGUUGCCGGCAGCACACAGAAUAGAUGCCCAGAAUGUCUUUGUUAUACACUCAUCAUUUUAUCUCAGAGUCGAAUAUGUUUUUAUUUCUCUACUAUCUCACAAAAUGGUUAUAAGUUAUUGGUCUUAUUUCUACUUUUUCUUUCAAUGUCAAAGACUGCUGCCUACUCUUAGCCUAGCAAGGAUUCCACAAAUGCAUCCAACGAAGACUAAGGCCUUCUUCCAGUGAUUUCAUAUAUUCUCUGUCUCAGGACUUUUAUUUUCAGUGAUAUCAAUGGUUUUUUAUUAGUUCUCGGCCUUCAUACAGGUUCUUAACUUGGCUAUGUGAACCUUAGGAUUCAACAAAAACCUACCUCAGCCGGAAUGAAUGUGAUGUGGGAAACCUUUUGGAUCCGUCUUUUCCCCUUGUGUUCAGUUACUUUUACAUGUAGAGCGAUCGGUUCGAAAAACACGAGAACAGGUGCCACGCUACCUCAGAUGUCAAGAACCGCCGCUCUCCUGCUUGUCGAAGCGGGAAAAAAAGAAGAGAAAAAAAAUCAAAACGGAAAGCACUUCAAAACGCUGAAGUCCACGUUCUACCUCAAGAUAACAAUGUUGUAGUUGUUCUUUCUUUCAUAAUGAAACAUGUACUUCUGUUGUGAGAGCUCCUGGCUUCCCUCUGUCGAUGAAUUGCUGUUUGUGGAUAUGUCAGUACCUCAUGCAAGUUGACAGAUGAUAUUGUUGUAUGAAUUCUACUUGUAAAGACAUUUUUCAUAGUUUUCCAUCGUGUUUGCGUGAGAUAUUUUGUCUUUGCUUUGUUUGAAUCUUAGUUGCUUCUGUUGAUUGAAAAGACUGUUAGAGAUGCACUGCACUGCCACUAAUAAUUUCAGGACAAUUUUACUGCUAUGUGAGAACUGCUGCAGAUAUUCCAUUGGGCAGGUGAGGUUUUAGUUACAUUUACACUUGAUUGAGACAUACAUCAUAUCUGUAUUUAUGAAUGAUUGCAGGAUGGAAUUGCAUGUGUGUGUGUGUGUGUGUGUGUGUGUGUGUGUGUGUGUGUGUGUGUGUGUGUGUGUGUGUGUGUGUGUGUGUGUGUGUGUGUGUGUUGCGUGUGUGUUUGCGUGCGCGCGUGACAGCGAGUGAAAGACUGUACAUAUGGUAUAUGUGAUGUAUUAAGAAAAAUAAGCACAAAUGUAUCAAAAUGUCAUUGUAGGCGUUGACAACCACAAAUGUUAAUGUAUCUGAUAUGAUCCCAGGUAAUUGGCUCUUCAAUUGGCAAUAGUGUUGUUCUGAUCUGAUUUUUGGGCUCUGCCUGUCACUCACUCCAAGCUGUGGCACAGUGCACUCCUUUGUUAUAGUUCAUCAAAUCAAUUCAAAUCAAUUCCCUUCUGUCGUAAAGGAAUAGCCCAGACUUAUCGAGCCUGUCCAUCCCAGAUCCCUCCUCCACACUGACAAAUUAAAGUGCUUCAGGAAAACCUUUUAUUACACUGCUGCAUGUAAAUCCAUAGGGAGAUGGUUUAACAGGUGGACCACAGGUAUUAACUCACAGGUCUGAGUUCAGUUUGCUCAUGCUGUCAUCUUCCUGAGCAAACACACCAUCAACGGGAUGUUAUUAGACUUGGAUCUGAUCUGGGAGUACCACUACCACUGCUCCACCUGUUACUCCAGAACCAUGCUCUCUGGAGCUGGAGCUUCCCUGAGGCAGAGCCAACCUGAGCCAGGCCAGGUAGCCUGGGUUAGGGACGCUGUUGUCUUCUCUCUGGCUCUCUCUACUGUAGAGAUAGAUCACAUUUUAACUCUAUGCUCUCUACUGUGUCUCAGUCACGUAAUGGCCUAAAGCAGUAUUACUCUGGUAACCUACCUCAACCCCGACACGACAGUCCUGCUCUCAGGUUGCUCCCUCUCACACGCUCAAGGAAACGUCUAUAUGUGCAUAAAUAUACACCACACACGUAAUGACACACACACACUCCUAGGGAAGGGAGGAUGUCUUCAGGGCCUUGUGGUAGUGCAGUUGUGUGACAGAAAAACAAUUGUUUUUGUCUUUAUGCUUAGCUUUUGUGGAUGUGAAUGUAUCACAAUUGUUUUUAUUACAUUUUUGUUGUAUUAGAAGCUUUUACGUUUUUGUUUUUCCACUCAGCCUUGAAGGUCUUUGAACAUGUGUCUGUUAUGGACUAAUAAACGAGGACAUCAAGCACUCACUACAAACUGUAGUAUAGCUACUCAGUAUAAACUGUAGUAUGGCUACUCACUACAAACUGUAGUAUACCUACUCAGUAUAAACUGUAGUAUGGCUACUCACUACAAACUGUAGUACAGCUACUCACUACAAACUGUAGUACAGCUACUGUAGUACAGCUACUCACUACAAACUGUAGUACAGCAACUCACUACAAACUGAAGUACGGCUACUCAGUUUAAACUGUAGUAUAGCUACUCACUACAAACUGAAGUACGGAUACUCAGUAUAAACUGUAGUAUAGCUACUCACUACAAACUGAAGUACGGCUACUCAGUUUAAACUGUAGUAUAGCUACUCACUACAAACUGAAGUACGGCUACUCAGUUUAAACUGUAGUAUAGCUACUCACUACAAACUGUAGUACGGAUACUCAGUAUAAACUGUAGUAUGGCUACUCACUACAAACUGUAGUACGGCUACUCAGUUUAAACUGUAGUAUAGCUACUCAGUUUAAACUGUAGUACGGAUACUCAGUAUAAACUGUAGUACGGAUACUCAGUAUAAACUGUAGUACAGCUACUCACUACAAACUGUAGUAUGGCUACUCACUACAAACUGUAGUAUAGCUACUCAGUUUAAACUCUAAUACGGAUACUCAGUAUAAACUGUAGUAUGGCUACUCACUACAAACUGUACUCAGUUUAAACUGUAGUACGGAUACUCAGUAUAAACUGUAGUAUGGCUACUCAAUACAAACUGUAGUAUAGCUACUCAGUUUAAACUGUAGUAUGGCUACUACUCUUUUACUCCCAGAACCCUCCUCACAGAUGAUGUGCAGCAAUAGGUGUUUGUAAGUAAGGAUUAUGAACAGUCACCAGUUCUCACCCCUGAUUUAUUGCAAGGGAUUUCUGCAAUUAUCAUACUCAAAUUGUGUUAAUAAAUGGAGUAACUGCAUUAGAUAUGAAAUACUGUACCCUUCAUAUACAACAUCUCCUAUAAAGAAAGGCACACAUAUUUCUACCUUCCUUGACUGCAGUAAUCAAUUGAAUUGUAGUAAUUUGUUGGUCCUAUAUAUUUGAGUUAGAUCGUAUAGAGCAGCCAGUGCUCUCAUGCCUUUGUAGUUGGCUGAUUAGAGGAAGUGAGGUGUGUCCAGCGCUUGGUCCAUUCUAGAUUUGAUAUGGUAACUACACUAGCCUGAAACGGACUGGUUAAAUAAAUGGGAUAUCUGUGUUAAAGCCGGGCUGUAGAACUGUGUUUCUAUUAGACUAUAUAUUGUACAGUUAUAAUGCACAUUACAUUCCAGAGAGAUGUGUCGGUGUGUGUUCCUCCAGCAGAGGGUUUUUAUUGUACGAUGCAGUAGAAGUCGUUGUUGUUAAUGCUUGCAUUGUUGCUGAAAACGAGGAACCAGAAGUCAUCUGCAGUAAUUCUGUACUUUAUGUUUGUUUGUUUCUUCACCAUGCAUUUCUUUUAUUGUCUCGCGUGUAUUCAUUGCUUGUAUUUUUAUUGUACAUUAUGGUAUAUUUACAUUACAAGUUUUAGUAAACAAUAAUGAUAGUUGUCAAACUAGCAGAAAGAAAUGCCUCAAUGUUACACAUGUGUAUUUAUGAACUGUUGAUGUAAUAUUCUCUCUAGUGCUUCUUUAAAAACGUAAAAGAUGUUUGUGAGGAGGGGUCUCUCCAGAGAAACCAGAGGUACUUUUUCUUAGUCAUUUACGGUUCAUUUCCGAUGCUGGAAAUUGCCCACAUCUCAUCCCUGAUUUGACAGGUUUUAGUGCCAUACAGUGCACAACUUAUUUACCCUUCACCCAGAAUGCCGAGCUGUAAAUUGAGGCAUCAUGUUUACAUGAUUGAUAUGAUCAUGAUUCUCCCAGUGCUUUACACUCCUAUAGAUCAAUGUUAAGAGCUGCCCUCUGUGAUCAACCGCUGAAGCUGCUCUAGUCUAUUCUGACUUAUCACCACUCCAUUGGCUGGUGAGAUGAGAUUCUCCCGCUAUCUAUUCUCAGCCCUGCUUCUUCCUCUCGUGAGAUUCCUCGUCCGCUGAGUUUGUUUCUCUGGGACAAAGAGAGAGUGGGCUGACUGCUCAGGGAACGUCUAUCUAAUCCUUAUGUUGUAUUUGUCACAGCGGAACAUGGGACUGGGCGCUCCACUAUGAGAGUCCAUGUUUUUUAGUACAAUCUUCCUCUCACAGUGCUCUGACUGUGCCCUAUUCAACCAGUUUAGGGGGAGGGAUUGCCUUUUUUGUUUAUCGACUAGGCAAAUAAUCAAGGAGAUAAUCUGUCCACUUUCACACAUACUGAGCAGAUAAUGGUAAUCCUCCAUGCAUGAAGAUGUGUAGCCUCAGUGAGCAACAUAUAUAGGGAUGAAUGAAGUUCACUACCGCUCUUCUUAGUACGGUUUUGUCUCCUUUUGUCUCUCUUCCUUGCCCCUCUCUGUAAUGCCACCUCUCCCUACACACACACACACAACAGCAACACACACACACAACUUUGUAAAGAAAGGAGUGUUUGUCAGAAUUACCCCAGUGCCCCAGCUCUCCCCAGAGAGAAUCAUGGGAGAGACAUUAGCUGGUUUAUCUCUGGCAACACAAGCCUAUUGACAACUGGAGAGUAAACACAUCAAACCGUGAAUCUGUAAAACAAACAUUUUCUUCUGUGUGGCAAUAUUGUUACCAUUUCAGCUUUUUAAGCCUCUUCAUGAAAGGGAUUAAAUGUUCAACUGUUUUCUCUGUUCUCUACCCCAGCCGUGGAAGGCAAGGGAAAACUCUGAAACUACUGCUAGCCAUGUUAUUUUCCAGUUUUUGAUUUUCUUUCUAUUUUUGUAGAUCCUAUUCAUGCUAAUUAGGACUCCUAAUAAGUUAGGAAUUCUCUUAACUGGCAGUUGCUGACCAGUGGCCACAAAUUAAAUAGUCAAGUAUCUACCAAGACUAAUAUAGACACUUGCACAAUCUUGUAGAAGUGAUUGUUUGAAUUUUAGGUCAUGUUACUGUAGGAGUAGGUACUCACGGUAUGCCAUACUGGCCUGAUAUCUUAAAACAAAGAAUGUAACCCUCCCCCCUAACUGGUUUGGGCAUGAGUUAGUAUCUUAGUAAGAUUUGUUACAACACAUCCAUGAAAUAUGGUGUGGUGUUGAAGUUACAUGAGAUACAACUCCAAGUCUGUCCAUGUAUUCCACGUUUGUGUUCAUAUUGUAGAAACAGGAGAAAGCUAGCUACAUAUUGUGGGAGCUUAGCGAAAACGAUUACAGUAAUAUCUCAUUGUUGACAUGUUUUGAAGCUACAAUGGGUGUAACCAACAAACAUGGACUGUUGAGGGAUUGGCCUUUGUCAUGCUGUAACAGUGCACAGUUCAGAUGUAUUGAUCUGUUCAUAUCUGUUGUAUUGAUCACUGUGGCACCAAAUGACUAUACUUUUGAUUGUAAAUUGAUUGCAUUUCUGAUGCUAUUAUCUCUGAUAUUCUCCCAAGAACUCAAUGACUGUACAUGGCAGAUAAUGCUGAUUUUGAAGAUUUUCAAAUCAUUUGAAUUCUUGUCAUUUAAUGGUGAAUUAAUGGAAUUGUAACUUAAAGCAUGUUUGAGAUCAAUAGUAUAUUUGUACCUCUGUCGAGAAACACGUUAAAUCCAAUGUAUUUAAGCAUGGCCACAGAGAAAAAUCGUUUUUUUAAACCAUGUCUUUCUCAGCUAUUCGCAAAUGUGCUGUUUUAGCAGAUUGCUAAAGUGUUAGUUUAUCAUUAUUGGAUUUGUGAUGGUGACACUGUGACAUUUAGCCAUUGGAAUAGGGCAAGUAUUGUCAUCUCAACAUGAUGCUAUUGAUGUUUCUCUUCCACAGUAUUGGUCUACAUAUUUGAUAGUGUGUAUUUGCUAAAACUGUUUCUACUCAGAAAGACAUUGCUAUAUAUAAUCUUGACUGCUUGUUUGAUCAUCUUCAUAUCGUCUUACCUGUAAUUAUAGCUCACUUUGUCUCCGUUUGAUCCCUUUCCACCACUCAGAGAUGUAAUUGAUUCACAGUCAAACCGUAAAAUCGAGUUCAUGAUCAUUAAACAGUGGAGACGAUAAAGCAUGAACCUUUCCGUACAAACGUUUACUAACAUGUUUUCAUGUUAAAGCUGUGCUUAGAGAAGCGUGCGUUUUAUGGAAAUGCACACAAAGUAUGCACAGCUGUAGCGCUGUAAUCUACAGUACAGACCUGCCGCUAUUACGGCAUCAGCAGGGAUACGAGAGCUGCUUGUAUCUACAGGAAAACUUGUGCCAACUUAUUGUAGCUACAGUUGAGCUUACACAGGUGGUAUUACUGUCAUAUUUGAUCUCCUCUUACCCAGUUUGGUUGGCAAUACUGACUGUAUCCCUCCUCACUUCCUCACAAACCUGUGGCAUUCUCUCCAGAGUCUCUGUCACUUGCUGUAGAAGCCACCAGGCAUCGCAAGGGGAAAAGGCUUUCCUGCAGUUACUAUACGUACGACUGUCAAAGUCAUUGUUGCUACUGCUACUACCAUGACAUUGGGUUAUUGUAUAGCCGCAAAGGUGCUAACCUAAACCAAAUGUCAAAUACAGUGCCCAGACAGUUUCUAUAGCCUCACUGUACUUUUAAUGGGGGGAAAGGCACCUCGGUUUUUAGUGCUUGUGUUGGGUUUGAUAUAGGGACAGAGCUGGUGUGAUGAGAAUAGCCAGGCUAUGGAGAAGGAACUAAGAGAGCACAAACCUGUACAGUAUAGUAUAAUCAGCUGCAUAUUGUCUGUGGGGAGCUGUUCAAUCACAUCUGUCUGUCUGUCAGUCUAUAUGUCUGUCUAUAUGUCUGCUGAGGUCAGUGCCUCUGCCUGCUCAAGUGUCCCACAAUCAAAUUCAGGUCAAUAUGAAAUCUUUCCCAUCAGGGAUCAUUUUUAUGUGUCCACAAAUGUGUAUUCUCUAUGAUACAGUAUCUGUAGUUGGUCGUGAUGGUUGGUCGUGAUUCACAUGUGUAUACAUAUGUAUAAUACUGUAUGUAUGUGUAUAUGUGUAUAAAGACAGACUAGAUCUUUUUUAGUGGUUUGUAUUGUUUUAGAAGUUAUUGUGCCACGCUGAUUAAAGGCAAAAGACGACAACAACGACGGUAAUAAACUAGCUCUAGUAAUUAAAA